CAAAGCCCUCCCAAAGCCACGCCCAGGCCUUUUUUAUGGAGUAUCGUUUUCCUGAAUUCCUAUGGAAUGGGAAGUGAGGGUUUGACUCUCGGGACGUAGCAUAUCCAUGAUCAUCUCGCACCGGUGCUUUGAGGCCGGUGGUCACAACCGACUCUCUUGUCCCAUGUAUGAUCCACAGCUCACAGCAAAUGGGGGGGCCAUGGCGGGGCUACGCCUUCUCUGGAGACAGGCGCGCCGUGAACACAUGCUAUAAAGAGCGGUGUUGGGUGCACUCACACGGCACCGACCCUCGAAAAGCCCAAUUUCGUCUUCGUUUGUAUCCACCACACCUGGAUUGCACAAUGGCCGCUCUGUCGAAUGUUCAAGCUGCCCGCCGCUCGAGUUCUUCAUCGCGCAGUUCAUCAUCCUCAGCCACACCGCGCACCGCCGGCACGAGAAAUGCACCGCGAACGAAACACGAGCCAGCUUCUCGAGUCUCGCAGUCUACCUCGCCAUCGCGAACGAACCAGACUGACGAUGCAGCAUCGCCGACUCCUCCUGCUCACUCUGCCAGUCCAUCGCCGGGGGUGGGAUUCGACGUGCGUAAAGCCACCGCGCAGUGUCGGAAAAUCGAGGGUUAUGUCAGCUUUGCUUCAGUCGAAGGACUGGGCGGGCCACCGACAGGUCCAGAGGAUGAUGGGAAUGCGGGGGGACGUGGGGAUAGGAAUGGGAAUGGAAGCGCGCAAAGUCCGAGUUUGGGAAGGAUAGCGGGGUCGAAGAUCGCAGAGAUGUUCAAGAAUGGGUUGUGGUGACGUUGUCGGCUCUGUUGGCUCGAAGUGUAUUGAAUUUUUUGUUUCUCUAUCAAUGUCACCGAGCUUCCUGGCACGUUCGAUGCAAUUGUACUGCAGGUACGGAUAGGUGCUACGAAUGAGCAACAAUCCUGACUUUGUGAACGUCCCGGAUCACUUUCUGUUUGAUUCAUCACUCACGUGAAAGACGACCAACAAGCUAUUCAGGCGUGCGACGCGGUGCUUUGUCAUGCGACCACGACUCCCACCGGAACUCGAAUACCGGAUACUCCGCGAGGUGGCAGUUGGGUUGUUGGGAAGCCGCAAGAAUAUCAUCGCGCUCCUCCUGGUCUGUCAUCGCGCACACAUUUGGAUCGAACCUGUGUUGUACACCACCAUAUGCACGUCACACCAGGGCACAAGCAAUGCUGUUCUCCGUGUCCUGAACUCUCGCCCGCCACACUUCCUCGCCGCUACACGCCAUCUCUUCAUCGCGGAGAACACAGACUGGGACUUGCACACGGUGGAACGCGUCCUCGCGAAAUGUGUCAAUCUGCAGGAUCUCUUCAUCCCGCAACAUCUCUGUCGCCCCUCACUGAUCCCCCUCCUCAGUCCGAUGCCGCUCGAAAGUCUUUCGGCCUGGCUGCAGCCGCUCUUUGGGCUAUCAGAGGGAUCUGACUGGUCGGCACAGCCAAUCCUCAUGCGGCUGCGACGUCUGGAGAUAUGCGGCCCGAUGUUCAAGCUCGCGUCCACUCUCACCCCGCAUCGAUUCUUUCGCGGGCUCGCGCAGCUCUCAAACCUGGAAACGAUCGCCUUCCACGGUUCGCUUUCGGCGACCGAUCUCAGCCAUUUUCUCUCCAAUCCGCAGGAUCAGUUGCAUAGCGUUGCCGUGCUUUUCAAGUCUUCUUCGAAUAGGGUGGCUCAGCAUAUCUUGCACGACCAGUUUCGGAUUGUACGGAGCGAUAGAUUCGUGCUGACAUUCGAAUACACGGCGUACGACGAGGACUGGGAGAAAAGGGUGACGGGCAGGCCCUGCUUCUGGGACGCAGCGGAUCGGUUCGUGAGGCGGAAACGCAUCGGGGAUGUGGCUGGUGAGUUCGGUUCAGAUUCGAUAGCCGUUCGUGGUGCGGCCUGGCUUACUGAGAACGGACUAGCGAGUCGUCGGAUUCUGAGCAGCUGGAAGUAGCCAUCCAUCGCUGUCAUGGUUUCGCCCCACUGUACUGCAUGUUUACUUGCAAUGGCCUACCGAUAUGCUGGUGCCAAUCAAUGAUGAACGAGCAACAGGCCCUUCCAUACCUCUUAUCUGUUCUAAUUUGAACAUGCGAUUUUCUUGGUUCUCCUUU